GAAGGGUCCGUCGUGGCGGCGAAGUGGGCUAGAACGAUGGGGAUCCUUUACCUGGGAAUAUGCUCAGGGAUGCAUGCGGCGGUUGUGGAAUAUACAGAGAGCUUCCUGAUCAAUCCCGAAUCAGGCCAAGGCGGAGACCCGGGGGUGCGUCUCGAAUCGGUCAUCAUCGGUACAGAAGGCCCUCGGCAAGCCCGCACCGAGACAUCCCAAUUUGGUGAUCGAGCGGUUGUCCUCCAAAAGGAAUGCUCGGCUCCGCAAGUACGCUCCGUCUACGGCGACGAAUCAUUCUUCAUUGAGCGGUUUGCAUGCCACCGUGAGGUCAAUCCCGAUUACCUAGCCAAGCUCGAAGCCAAAUGUCUCGAGUUCGUUGGUAAGGAUUCUACGGGGAAGCACGGUGACAUCUUCGAGCUGAAGGGCCACCCGAGGUAUGUGGGCGUUCAACUCCGCCCAGACUUCAUGAUGCGUGCCCCAGCGAGGAGCGAGUGGCUGGUCGAUUUCGUCCGCGCGGCGGCUAAGCAUUACAAGGAUGUAAUCGAAGAGGACUCAAAUAAUAAAUAUCUGACACGG